AUGGGUGCCACGCCUAAGCUAAAUGUUCGGGCUACGGCCAGCUCCACUUGGGCGAUUGUGGGUGUGAUUUUGCUUUUGUUGAAUGGCGUUAGACGAUGCGUCCCCGUGGCCUUGCAGCCCUUUACCCAAGGUUUAGGGCCUGCUGGUUGGUGUGCAUAUGUGCUGUCUGGUUUCUUCUUUAUCUAUGCAGAGGGCUACCGUGGAUUUCAGCAGAAGUUCUCUCCGUUGGUGGUGCGCCGAGCCCUGCUUCUUGACGGUCAACAACCGUUCCAUCGACAGGUGUUGGCGCCGGCAUAUGCAAUGGCCUUCUUUCAUGCGCACAAGAGACGCAAGGCUGUGUCGUGGGGCCUGAUCAUGGGCAUCAUGCUGAUUGUCGCCCUUGUCAAGCGCAUGCCAUAUCCAUACCGCGCUAUUCUGGAUGCUGGUGUGUGCGCAGGCCUCUCCUGGGGCAUGGGUGCCACUUUGUUCAUCUAUGCAAAGUCCAUUUCAACAGGAAAAGCACCGGACAUUGAUCCGUGCCUGCCUCAAGAGCCAUAG